AAAGAAAUCUUAAACGCUCACACGUAAUCUUAAUUGCACGACCGCUCAUCAGCUAGGGUUUUAACGGAAUUUAACAGAUUACAUCCAUACAUUCAGGUGUCUUAGAUUCUACUGUACCAGAGAAGAAAGAAAAAGCUUAACGAAUUCCAGCCGUACCAUAAAAGACGAUAUUUGUUUGUUUCUGGCAGGGAUUUAGGAGUUUUUAAUUUGAUGGAGAGGAGACACAGUUUGAAGGAAAUGGAGGUUUUAGCCGCGUCAUGCAGAGCUUGAAAAUUCGAAAAUUAAGCAGUUGAGUUCUAAAUUUGAAUCUUUGGUUGGUAUAUUAAGUGAAUGUGUGAUGGGGUCCCACUCGCCGUUCUACACAAAUCAUACGGUUUUCUGCCAACAACAACUGGGCUGCCAAAUUGUGGACCAAGCAAAGUCGGUGGAAAGGGAAAGUAAUUCUAAAUUCUGAAUGGCUCACCUGCGGCGAGAAAUUCAGGCUUUAUAGAUUGCAUUUCCUAUUGCAUGUCGUUUCUUUUGCUUCGAAUUUCAGUGAAAUUGAGCGUAGGGCUUUUCUGAGAAAAUAAUUCACUUAAUAUGGCGAAAAAUUUGCACAGGUUUGGGCCGUUUAAGUAGAUUUGUCAAAAAUAGCUGCGGAGUUUUUGAUAUUUGCCCUUGGUUGGUCUAUGUUAGUAGAUUUGUCAUAAAUAGCCACGGCCGAUUUGAGCAUUGUGCAAUUUUGCUUUGUUUUGGUUAGAUUUGAUGGAAUUAGCCCCAAGUUUGAGCAUCGAGCGAAUUGAUGGGAUAGGUAGGCUAUUUUAAGAAAAUGUUUAAAAUAAGCAUGCGCUUUUUUGAAUUGACGGCUAGUUGAAUUCGGAGCCUCUCGAUUAGAUAUUGAUCGGGAUACGGUCCUUUUGGUUUUCUUUAGCGUUUGUUUGGGUUGGAUAAUGGAGCACUGCAUGCAGGUCGGCAGAUAAGGGUUUCGGUGAAGAAACUGGAAUACCUUUAUUUUUUUGGCUUGGAUUGUGGAUGUGCGUUGAAUAUUAUGUGGAAUUAAGGGGCUUUGUUUAGUAUGGAAGGUAGAAGUGGCUUGAUUUCGUUUCUCGUUGUCUCUACUAGAGGACUAAUCCUGCCGCAGCUUGUGCUAGGAUUGCUGGUCUUGGAAUGGAUCAAAGUUUCUAUUCUUAGUGCCUUUUUGAUUAGACGCUGUAUAGCAUCUGCUGCAGUUGUUUUUUUAGGGUUUGAUUAUCAUUCUGGUUACGCAGACUGCGUGGAAUUUCACUAGUAGCGUGCUUCCAGGCGGGUAAGGGUGGGCAGGCUGAUUUGAUAGAUUGUGAAAAUGCCAGAAGGUAAAGUAGAUGGUGAUGGAAGCUCUUCCUCGGCCGAGCCACCUGAUGAUAACGAAUUUGUGGAAGUUGAUCCUACAGGACGAUAUGGUCGGUACACAGACAUGCUGGGUAAAGGCGCCUUCAAGACUGUCUAUAGGGCAUUUGAUGAAGUUGAGGGGAUAGAAGUGGCUUGGAACCAAGUGAGGAUCGAUGAACUUCUGCAGAAUCCAGAUGAUUUAGAGAGAUUGUAUUCGGAAGUGCAUCUGUUGAAGACUGUGAAGCAUAAGAAUAUUAUCAAGUUUUACAAUUCAUGGGUAGAUGAUAAAAACAAGACUGUGAAUAUCAUAACAGAAAUUUUCACAUCAGGCACUCUGAGACAAUAUCGGAAGAAACAUAAACAUGUUGACAUGAAAGCUGUCAAGGGUUGGGCAAGGCAAAUUCUUCAGGGUUUACUUUAUCUCCACAGUCAUAAUCCUCCUAUUAUUCACAGAGACUUAAAAUGUGAUAACAUAUUUGUUAAUGGUAACCAUGGAGAGGUUAAAAUUGGGGAUCUUGGAUUGGCCACUUUACUCCGGCAAGCACAUGCUCACAGUGUCAUUGGAACUCCCGAGUUUAUGGCUCCAGAACUUUAUGAAGAAGAUUAUAAUGAACUGGUUGACAUCUAUUCGUUUGGUAUGUGCCUACUAGAGAUGGUGACUUUUGAGUAUCCAUACAGUGAAUGUAAAAAUCCAGCUCAAAUUUAUAAGAAAGUGACAUCUGGUAUAAAGCCUGCUGCCCUGAAUAAAAUAAAAGACCCACAAGUUAAGGCAUUCAUUGAAAAGUGUCUUGUAGCCGCACCCAAUAGGUUGUCUGCAAGGGAGCUUUUGAGGGAUCCUUUCCUCCUGUGUGAUGGCAGUAAACAAUCUGUAGAUUACAUUCAUAUCCCAUCUUCUGGUAUGCCUCCUGCAGAAAACAUUGAAGCAUCCACUGUACCAGGAUCAAGAACUCCUUCUGUGCAUCUUGAUGGAUCGUCAGUUGCUAAUGAUGUGACGGCUGUCUCUAAUUCCACAUCUGGAUCUAUUACUGGUGGUAGUGACAGGGAGUCCAACUAUUCUUCUGGUUCCCAGAUGGAGAAAAGUGGUUAUAGUCUGCCCUUGCCUAGCCUGGAAGUGCGAAGCUCAACAAACAAUAAAGACAUGAAAUUGAAAGGGAAGAAAAAGAAUGAUAAUACCAUAUCCCUGCGAUUCCGCAUUGCAGAUCAUGGAGGUCAUGCAAGAAAUAUCCAUUUCCUCUUUUUCUUAGACAGUGACACGGCUUUUAGUGUUGCAAGGGAAAUGAUUGAGCAACUCGACCUCUCAGAUCUAGAUUUGAUGCCAAUAGCAGGACUGAUUGAUUCCCUGAUUGCUGGGUUAGUACCUGAAUGGAAGGCUGGCGUCUUUAUUGAUGAAAACAAUGACAUAAGUGAAAAUGCUGUUGAGAACAUUUCUGAUGAGCACCACUUGCAUGUGGUUGAUGAAGACCAGAUGGAAAGAUCAUUUGAUUCUUUUCCUAUGACGAUCACUUCAAAGGAGGAGAAUGUAGAAAACAAUGCCUCAUUGCCUAACCUUGUUCUGCCAUCAGAAACCACCUCUACAGAAAAUUCUUUGCCAGCCAGAUCUGAAGGUAAUGUGUAUGGGAGAUUUGAAGAAUUUACCUAUAAUCCCAGCAGUUCUGAUUGCUCUCCCACAAGCUCAAUUGUACCUCAUGUACAUGUGGGUGAAGAUCAGGCUUCUCAAGUUUCAUUGACAUCAGAGAAUGCUAUUCCUGGAUCACCACAUUCAGGAAGUGAAAACCUUCCAGUAGGCACCUCUGAGAGCAAUGGCUGUAGUAAUGUGGCUAUAAUGGACACUUGCUUAUUAUCCGAUCAAGAUAUUGGCAGUGAAGCCCAACCACACUGGAUUGAUGGUGAAAAGUUUGGAAAGUCUGGAAUCUCUUGUUCUAUCAAAGACGACUCAAAUUUCUUGAAAGGUCUUGAAGACAACCUGCCAUCUUUCAACAGUAUACAGUCAUUCCUUGUGGAUGCUGAAGAUGAAGAGUUACAAACACAAUUGGAGCUGAUUGAACUUAAGUAUCAGUACGAACUGCAGGAGCUUAAUAGGAGGCAUGAACUAGCUGUUGAUGAAAUCAAGAGGGCGUGGAAUCAGAAGAAGAAAACAUCUGCCUAUUCUAUAUCUUCCUGUUCUUCAGAGAAACAGCAGAAUAGUGGUCAUUUGUCACUGGUAGGGGGCCUUAAGCCCAUAGAUACACGUGAAGAAGUGAAAAAUGAAUCCCAGAUCAACUUGCUUGAAAAUCCUGAAGAUACCUCUGUGAGUUACGAUGCACAUCCAAAUGUGUCCCUGUGCUCAAGAGUUACAGCUGGUGAAGGUUUGGGGUUUUCAGUAUCUGGAAAUAGAGAGUACAAAGGAAAUGCAGAUCAGUUAAUGGACUUGCCAAAUGCUUCCAGUGGAAAAGUCCCUGUUUUUGAGUCAUGUGAUUUUGCUAGUGUGGGAAAUUUGCCAACAAAACAUUCCACCAACACAAGAAUUGGGUGUGAUGAACAUGUUACUGUUAAGACUGAUGAUUGUUGUAAUGACUUGCGAGGCUUACAUUUGAGAACAAAUAAACCAUCAAAAGAAAUUUCCAGGAAUGAGUGUCUUGCAUCUGCUCAUAUAUGUAGACCUUCUGGGAUGCCUUCAAGUACCAAUCAAGAAAAUUUAUCUCAUUCUUUAGCAAUGAAUAGAACUGAACCAAGAAUAGUUUCCACUUUAUUGAAUAUUGAUUCACCUGACUCAAGCAGCAAAGAUCUAGAAAAUGAGAUACCAGUCAGUAAUCAGUUAUCCCAUGAGGGGGGGAUAACUCGGCCUAUUGGGUGUGAAGUGCUUCCUUCUAUACCGAAGAUGCUUCAUGAGCAUGGCAAAGAGUUGGCUGGUGUACAUUCUGUUCCUGGCUUAAUAAAUAAGUCAGAUUAUGCUAUCUGUGCAACGGUUGCAGAACAGCCACACAAAUUGCCCCUUGUAGAAAGGGAGAAGCCUCAGUCAGUAAAUAUUGCAAAAUUGAAUUGUCCACCUGACACUCGAGAGCCAGGUCAAAAUAUCAAAGUUAGUGCGGAUCCUGCUACAGAACAGCGGAGAAAGGAGCAACUCAAGAAGUCAAUUGCUGAGUUAGAAGCAAAGACACUGGAGGGCUUAAAACACUCCAAUGGCUAUUUGAUUGGCAUUGCCCCAAAUAAGAGGACUGGUACAAAAUCUAUUCGAGGAUGAAUAAUUCAUACCUACCUGAUUCAGAGUUGUUCUGUCAUGAACCUUGCCGAGGUUUGGUGCUUGUUUAGGUUCUAACAUGUAUUUUUGUCAAUGAGUAUCGUACUUGAGCUGGUUUUUAUGCACCAAUAUUUGUCAGAUCAAAAUGCUUAAUUAUGUUCAACUCCGUUGCCCUCUGUGUAUGGUACAGUGCAUUGUGUUUGAUUUGUCUUGACUUUGUAGUGAAACUUUAGCAUCCAUUCUUUUCAGCACACCAUUUUAUUUGAAUGUUGUCUCAUUUUGAAGUGCUGAGACAUGAUAUAUAAAAGAUCAACUAGUUGAAGAUGUGUA